AUGUGAGGAUAGUAGACUAUUACAUAACCCUGAUCAGAGUCAGUGUGGAGGAAGUGUGUGAGAGACGGUGCAAGUCUGGUUGUAAUUUGCUCUACCUGCUGUCUUACCCACCAUGGCUACCUUGCUAGAGCUGUCAGAGAGGGACAGUGGUGUGGCCAGCAGUGAGGCCACCCCGGAGAGUCAGAUAUUGAGCCCUACUGCUCAGAAAGAGGCAGCCAAGGUGAUGGGGGAAGCGGUUGAGGCGGCUGCUGCUGCACGAGUGUCGUCUGCUGCUCAGGACGACACUUCCAGUGUUAUAUCCAGAGCUUUGAGGGACGACGACGAUGAUGACGACAACGAGGUGAGUGUUGGGAAAGAAAGGGGUGUCCAGAGCUCUCAGGGAUGAUUCCAGCGAGGUGAG